AUGAUGAUGCCUCACCUUCGGAUCUUUCAGAACAAACAAAAUUACGCCGUUUGGCCGCAUACCCUGCCACCGUUCCCGUCGGAAAACGCGGCUGUGUUUCCUUGUCCCCCGCUAGUGUUCAAACCCCAUCCGGGUCGGGUUAUCAGGAAUAAAAGAAGAGACUUUCACCGAACCGGGUCGGGACCCGGUCAUACAUUCAAACUGGGUAAUCCUAAUGAGUCGAAAACACCGCCGGCAAACCGCUCCGGCGCAAAGGGUCGCCGGAUUCACUACCCAAGGCGAACGUUCGGCCGUGGCGGUGGCGGAAACCGACUCACGCCACCUUUAGCGCCGCUCAACACGACGUCGUUCAUAAUCCGCGCGAAGAAUUCCGGCGGCAUCGCGCCGCUGGUUUCGCCGUCGGGAUCGCUUUCGCCGGCGAAGUUCGACGAGAGGGCGGCGGAGGAGCAGUGGGGCUUCAACGGAUACGGCUCCAUGAAGGGCCUGAUCCGGCUCCGGCCCGGAAAUUUUGACUCCGGCGAUAUCUCCGGCGCCGGCAGGUUCGAGAUGGUAAACCCUACUUCCGGCGACGAACAGAACUUGGACAAAAGGGUUGAUGAACAGGACUCGCAUCUUGCACACCUCGAAGAAGAGAAUCUGACGCUGAAAGAGAAACUUUUGUUAAUGGAAAAGCAAUUGGGUGACUUGAGGAGGAGGGUUCAGUUCUUAGAGACCGACGGAACCACCAGCCACGGCGACCGUGAGGGUGGCGCAGAGAAUUUUUUGACCGGAGAUGUUUUCUCAGUGAAAAAAGUUGACGGUAAAACCAAUGAGAAGGUUUAG